CAAACGCGUUAUAAAUCUGAAAAGACUCGAGUGGAGUCAAGGCAAGUCAACAGGUCUACCCUUCAGUUGGGCGCAGCUGCCAUGCAUCUUCCCAAUUUGAUUAAACAAAUUACUGGUGCUUGAGCACGAAAUCUGCAGCAUACAGGGAGGAUAUAUCAACAAAUUACUGUUUACUUGAAAUCUGCAGCAAAGAGGGAGGAGAUAUCAACAAAUUACAGUUUACUUUGGGGCCUGUGUGCUAAACAGAGAAAUUUCAAGUGUAAACAAUGGCAUCCAAAGCCUUGUUCUCAAUCAUUCGACGUGUAAAGCGAAAGGGGGAAAAGGGGGAAAAGGAGGAAAAGGAGGAAAGAAAGAGAUCAUUCUUGAAGAAUGGAAGCAUGUUACUAAAGGAUCUAAUUGCUUCUUGUGAUGGAAAAUCUCAUCCUAUUCGUUCUUACUCUGCUGCUGAGCUCAUCAGAGCUACCAACAACUUUGAUCCUUCUUGCUGGAUAGAUGGAUUACACAACAAGAUGUACAGGGGUAUUCUAGAUGACCGAACAGUUAUCAUUAGGAAGUACAGAGAUUGGGACGACAGAGCUAUUCGUGAUAUUAUCAUAUCAAUGCAGAUGAGCACCCAUAAGAAUUCCUUGAAAUUAUUAGGCUGCUGCUUAGAGUUCGAUACAUCAGCUUUGGUGCUUGAAAAUGCAGGAAAAGGAGGUCUCAACUAUGAUGGGAGUUUAGUAGUGGAUAAUGAAUUAUUACCAUGGAAAACUAGACUGCGUAUUGCAAAGCAGCUUGCUAGUGCACUUACAUACCUACAUACUGCCUUUCCAAGGCCCAUCGUUCAUAGGAGUAUAACAUCCACCCACAUUUUAUUGGACGAUGACUAUGUUCCCAAACUCUUCGACUUUUCAUUCUCCAUAACCAUUCCUCCUAACCAAUUGUAUGUUCAAGAAAAUUUCGCAACUUUUACAAUGGGGUACCUGGACCCUGCUUACCGAGAGUCUUAUCAAAUUUCAGAAAAAAAUGAUGUUUAUUGCUUUGGUGUGCUUUUACUUGUAUUCUUAAUGCGACGAGAAGCUGUAUGUUGGACUGAGGAAGGAAAUGUGGGUGAAUACCUUACUGAAGAUCCGAAACUUAACGUUUCUGAUGGACAUAUUCAAAUAGAGACAAUUGCGGACCCUAAAAUCCUUGAGGAAGUCGGGGGAGAUGAGCAAGCACAACAGCAACUGCAGGAUUUCCUAGCACUGGCAUUGUUGUGCAUCCAAUACGAAAGUGAAGCAAGGCCAGAUCUGAUUGAUGUGGCCAAAGAACUUGUAAGAAUUGAGAAGUCUAUCUUGCCUUAGUUCAGUCUUUCACUUGUUAAAAGAGUCGAUGCUAAGCUCUCUGUAUUAGAAGAAUAUCCAUAAUUAUCCUUAUGUAAUCAAAUUAUCUGAUUAUAAAUACUUAA